CCGGUAUUUCUGAAGAAAAUAAGAAACAGAAGCGAGCGGGAGCGGAGCGGUGUCUCUCGCCUCUGUGCUGGAUCGUCUCUCGGUCGCUUCGUGUACGGAAACCGCGCAGUUUUAUUUAUUCCCCACCGGACUGCGCUUCAGUUUGAUGACUUUAUUCACUCGGACCACAUGUUGAGGAGACCCGAGCAGCUCGGCCGGUCGGCGGAAGGUCUGGAAAGGUUACCGUGGCGGCGCAUCACCGCGUCCGGAACGGAGGAGUGAAGAACCGGAGCGGAACCGGGCGAUACCCCGCUCACGAUAUCCUUCAUAUCGGAUCACUCGAUAAAGCUGAUUUAAAAUAAAAAUAAAAACAUUUCAAACCCAGUGCCAUCUGAAGGAGAUUUUCACUCAUACCAGGAACAGAAAUAUUUAGUGUACAGGUGAAGAAUGAAUCACCUGUCGCUGAGCGAGUUGUGCUGCCUGUUCUGCUGCCCGCCGUGCCCGAGCCGGAUCGCGUCGAAGCUGGCGUUCCUGCCCCCGGAGCCGACGUACGCGCUGCUGAGCGACGAGAGCGGCACGCGCUGGACGCUGCACCUGUCCGAGCGCGCCGACUGGCAGUACUCCACACGCGAGAAGGACUCCAUCGAGUGCUUCAUGACGCGCACGGUGCGCGGCAACCGCAUCGCCUGCAUGUUCGUGCGCUGCGCGCCGAGCGCUCGCUACACGCUGCUGUUCUCGCACGGGAACGCCGUCGACCUCGGGCAGAUGAGCAGCUUCUACGUGGGGCUCGGCUCGCGCAUCAACUGCAACGUCUUCUCCUACGACUACUCGGGCUACGGCGCCAGCUCGGGAAAACCGUCUGAGAAGAACUUGUACGCAGACGUCGAUGCGGCGUGGCACGCCCUCCGAACCAGGUACGGUAUAAGGCCCGAGAACGUGAUCGUGUACGGACAGAGUAUCGGGACGGUGCCGUCUGUGGAUCUGGCCGCCCGGUAUGAGAGCGCCGCCGUCAUCCUGCACUCUCCGCUCACCUCGGGCAUGCGGAUGGCCUUCCCCGACACCAAGAAGACGUACUGCUUCGACGCCUUCCCCAACAUCGACAAGAUCUCGAAGGUGACGUCGCCGGUGCUGGUGAUCCACGGCACGGAGGACGAGGUGAUCGACUUCUCGCACGGCCUGGCUCUGUACGAGCGCUGUCAGAGGCCCGUGGAGCCGCUGUGGGUGGAGGGCGCCGGGCACAACGACGUCGAGCUCUACGGCCAGUACCUCGAGAGACUCAAGCAGUUCGUCAGCCACGAGCUCGUCAACUUGUAGAGCGCUGACGAGCAGACGGGCAGAAAAGCACACAGCUGCCGACUGCACCUCGCACACCGACGACUGGGAACUCCACGGCAGAGUUUAGCUAUUUUAUUAGGUUUUUUUUGUUGUCGUCCCCCCCCCCCCCCCCCCCGCAUCAUAACAGACACAGCCGGGGAGUGACCCAGACUAUCUCCGCAGGUGUGUGUAAGAGACGGAAAGUAAAAGAGAGAGGGGACGGGUGUCAUGGUUGCCCAUCCCAAUGACAUUAACCAUCUGUACGUAUGGUGUGAUGUGUAUAUAACGCACACAAUUUGCUAUAGAUCACUACCUCUAUUUGGGAGGAGGCGCAUUUUUAAGCUGCAUCGGUAGCAUGAGACGUGUCCGGAUUAAAAAUCCCAUAAUUCCAUUCAGCGCACGUGGGUUUUUUUUUUUUUUGACAAAAACUGUGACAAAACUUGGUCCUGCUACUGGAGAACACACUGUCGGGUGUGUGUGUGUGUGUGUGUGUGUGUGUGUGUGUGUGUGUGUGUGUGUGUGUGUGUGUGUGUGUGUGUGUGUGUGUGUGUUAGGGAAACACUAAAAUGUCUGGGAACCCCUCACAUCCUGAACACCGCUCUUCUCCAUUUCUGUGUAAAACUCACUGUGUACUACAGCUUAUAGGGAGGGGGUGUGUGGGUGUGGGUGUGUGUGUGUGUGUGUGUGUGUGUGUGUGUCUGCAGGAGUGUUGUGCAAACUGAACACGCUCUCAGGCUGACUUUUUGAAACACUGAACGCUGCAUGAUUGGGUCGACAUUUAGAAAUUUGGGCGCGUUUAAUUUUUUGCAAAACAGUUGAAUGUUUUGAAACUGUGAACGCUGCACGCUCAGUUGAAUUUCUGAACCCGAACGCUGCACGCUCAGUGUAAGGUUUUGGAUCGGAGCGCUGCACGCUCAGUGUAAGGUUUUGGAUCGGAGCGCUGCACGCUCAGUGUAAGGUUUUGGAUUGGAGCGCUGCACGCUCAGUGUAAGGUUUUGGAUCGGAGCGCUGCACGCUCAGUGUAAGAUUUUGGAUCGGAGCGCUGCACGCUCAGUGUAAGGUUUUGGAUUGGAGCGCUGCACGCUCAGUGUAAGGUUUUGGAUCGGGAACGCUGCACGCGCUUGUCCACACAGAACAGAAACGCCCAUUAGCAUGAACAGCAUAGAAAGAACGGACGGAAGACUCAGAUGCCUGCUUUAAGCUGAUGAUGAUCACGUUUUAUCAGAUAGUUCCUCGUGCUAUCAUUAUCCAGGUGUGUUUAGUCCGUUUAAGUGCAUUUUCGUUGGGCUUUAUUUGAUCAAGAUGCACUAAAAUGCACCAAUGGUACGGGAUUCCGCAGGAUCUCUGCAUUCUGAUUGGCUCUUGCUUUGGGUUUUCAGUGUGUGUGUGUGUGUGUGUGUGGGGGGGGGGGGGGGGGGGGUCACUGUUACAGCCAAUGGCGUCGUGUGUAGCUGCACCACUCCAGUUGAUCAUAUUUGAAGAUCUCCUAGAUGAAAUGCUGAAUACUCUGAUGACUGUUUGUAAAUAUCUUUGGUUUGUAUGAUUUAUUUUUUUAAGUCUUAAAAUGGUAACGAUGCAGGUUACUAAUACUAAUAGAACUUGAAAUAAUAAUAAUUAUUAUUAUCAUUAUUAUUAUUAUUAUCAUUAUUAUUAUUAUUAUUAUUAUUACAAUGACCUUGUCAUGACGGCCUUUCGGUUUUGGAAGGAAACUGUCCUGUAUGUGCCGAUGCUCUUAAUAACGGUUCUAAUAAACGAUGAGAGAAAUAAA